AAGAAUGGCUGCAUCUGAAUUAGCUAAAAAAGGGAGGUCUAAAAUAAGAUUCAUGAUCAUCCCUAUUCUGCUUACUGUAACAACGAUGCUUGGAGCUUGUCUGUGGGUAAUCAGGAAGAAAAAGAAACAUCCAGAUGGUAAUAUAUAAUUUAAUUGAUUCAAGGUUUUCUUUCAGAAUAUUUUGCUUAGUAUUAAUUGUAUUAUUCCUUUGCGAGUGAAAAUUGCAAGGAUAAAAAGGCUGUUGUAUCUUGAUGACGAUGGCGACUUUGGGAAUGGUGACAAGGAUGCUGAGUUGCCAUUGUUUGACUUCUCAACCUUAGCUAGUGCAACCAAUGGCUUCUCUACAGACUCUAAGCUCGGAGAAGGUGGCUUCGGGGCUGUUUAUAAGGCAAAGAUAAGAGAACUUGCUCCACAGCUUCUUGUUUAUUGCAAAAUCUGAUGAGAGAAUCUAAAGCAGAAAGAUGAAUCACUCCACCUCUUUUUUGUUUUCCACAAUUUUGAUACUCUCUAUCUCCACCAGCUCCGCCACCGUCGAUUUCUUGAAAAUAAAUCAGACAAUCAGAGAUGGAGACACUAUUGUAUCAGCGAAUGGUGAAUUUGAACUUGGAUUCUUCAGUCCCGGAUCUAGUACCAAACGAUAUGUGGGUAUAUGGUUCAACAAGGUAUCACAUGGGACUGUAGUAUGGGUGGCUAAUAGAGAUGCACCGCUCAAUAACACUUCUGGCAUACUAAGGAUUGAUCAUAAGGCCAUUUCACUAUAUGCCAGUGCUGCUACAAAUACGAUUAUCUGGUCUUCGAAUUCUUCAAGAUUUGUCAAAAAUCCAGUGGCUCAACUGUUGGAUUCCGGGAACCUUGUUUUCAGGGACGAAAAAGAGGUUGGGGUAGAGAGUUUUGUGUGGCAGAGUUUCGACUAUUUUGGAGAUACCAUGUUGCCUGGAAUGAGAUUAGGAAAGGAUUUGGUAACUGGCCUAGAAUGGUAUCUUUCGUCGUCCAAAAGUGUGGAUGAUCCAUCUCGUGGAAGUUUUGUGCAUCGAAUGAAUACUCAUGGAUACCCUCAGCUUAUGCUGUGGAAAGGUUCAGAAGUGUAUGCAAGGAGUGGACCAUGGGUUGGUGAUCGAUUUAGUGGUAGUCCAGUACCAAGAAUUAACAAUCUUUUCUUGAAUGAGUUUUUCGUUGGCCAGAAAGAGAUUUAUUACGCAUUGCAUCUUUUAAAUGAAAGCGCUGCUACAAGGUUUAUCUUGACUCCCAAUGGUAAUUUACAGUUUCUAUUAUGGAAUGAUCAGAUUAAAGAAUGGACAACUUAUUUGACUUUGCUAGCGAGUGACUGUGAUCAGUAUGGACGUUGUGGUCCAUAUGGUAGUUGUGACAUUAGCAGCUCUCCAAGAUGCGAAUGUUUGACAGGAUUCCAGCCAAAAAUUCCUGAAAGAUGGGAAGCAGCCGAUUGGACAGAUGGAUGUGUUCGCAUAUCUCCAUUGGACUGUGGGCAUGGAGACGGUUUUGUCAAGUAUUCAGGAGUUAAAUUGCCAGACACACGACAGUCGUGGUACAAUUUCAGCAUGAAUCUUGAGGAAUGCAGAAGUAUGUGCUUGAAGAAUUGCACUUGUACAGCUUAUUCAAAUAUGAAUGUUGUAAAUGGUGGAAGUGGAUGCUUGUUAUGGUUCGAGGGUUUGAUGGAUUUCAAGGGCUCCACAGGAGACGGACAACAUAUUUAUGUGAGAAUGGCUGCCUCUGAGUUAGGUAAAAGCAAGAGUUCCAGAGUAAAUCGGAUUCUAUUCAUUUCAAUUCCUGUAGCAACGCUAGUAUCAGCCUUGAUCAUCCUGUAUUUGUAUAAAAAGAGAAAGCUGAAUAGAGAAGGACGGUUAGAUUCAAAUGAUGAGGAAAAUAUGGAUUUACCAUCUUUUGAGUUCAAAACAAUUGCUGAUGCCACUAGUGACUUCUGCCUCAGAAACAAGAUUGGAGAGGGCGGAUUUGGACCUGUUUACAAGGGAGUGCUAGAGAACGGACAACAAAUUGCAGUGAAAAGGCUGUCAGAGAAUUCAAGACAAGGAAUUGAUGAAUUCAAAAAUGAAGUUUCACUGAUUGCUAAACUUCAGCACCGGAAUCUUGUCUCGCUUCUUGGCUAUUGCAUCGAGGAAGGGGAAAGAAUUUUGAUUUAUGAGUACAUGUCCAACAAAAGUCUGGAUUCCUAUAUUUUUGAUAAAGAACUAAGCAGGUUGGUGGAUUGGCCCAAAGACUACAAUAUUAUAAAUGGAGUUGCCAGGGGACUAUUGUAUCUUCAUCAAGACUCCAAACUAAGAAUCAUUCACAGAGAUCUGAAAGCCGGAAAUAUUUUACUUGAUGAGGAGAUGAAUCCAAAAAUUUCGGACUUUGGCAUGGCAAGAAGUUUUGGAGGAAGCCAAACUGAAGCGAAUACAACAAGGGUGGUUGGCACAUAUGGUUACAUGCCCCCUGAGUAUGUGAUGGAUGGUAUAUUCUCAACGAAAUCCGAUGUAUAUAGUUUUGGUGUCUUGGUACUGGAAAUAGUAAGCGGCAAGAAAAACAGAUGUUUUGAACAUCCAGAUCACAAUCUCAACCUUCUGGGACAUAUAUGGAAAUGUUUUGAUGAAGAGAAGCUUGGGGAAAUGAUUGACGGGUCAAUCUUGGAGUCAAGCAGUGAAUAUGAAGUGUUUCGAGUUAUUCAGAUCGGAUUACUUUGCGUACAAGAGUAUCCAGACGACAGACCAGACAUGUCAUCUGUGGUUCUGAUGUUGAAUAGUAAAAUUGCACUGCCUAAACCCCAUAAACCUGGAUUUUUCUUAGAGAGAAGACGGAAUGAAAACAACCAUUCAGAAUGCCCGCAGAUGUUAUCUUUAUCAAGUGAUUUUUGUAUCACAACAGUAAGACCACGAUAUUCAAAAAAAUUUAGUCAUCAGAAAAAAUACCUUAAACUAAUCAAUGACUUUAAGAUGGUUAACGCCGCCUUUUUUGUAUUUUCUUUCAUUUUUUUACUCUAUAACUCUGCUGCUGCUGUAGAUGUGUUGAGUAUAAAUGAGGCAUUAAAAGAUGGGGACACUAUUGUAUCAGCAAACGGCGAAUUCCAAUUGGGAUUUUUCAGCCCGGGAAGUAGUGCAAAUCGGUAUGUGGGUAUAUGGUUCAACAAAAUAUCGAAUGGGACAGUUGUAUGGGUGGCUAAUAGAAAUGUACCGCUUAAUGACACUUCUGGGAUACUAAGGAUUGAUAAUAAGGCCAUUUCUCUUUUUGCUGAUGCCGUUACAAAUACAAUUGUUUGGUCCUCAAAUUCUUCAAGAUUUGUGAAAAAUCCAGUUGCUCAGCUGUUGGAUACUGGGAAUCUUGUUUUUAGGGAUGACAAAGAUGAAGGUUUUGUAUGGCAGAGUUUUGAUUAUAUGGGAGAUACAAUGUUGCCUGGCAUGAAACUGGGGAAGAAUCUGGUGACUGGUCUUGAAUGGUAUCUCUCGUCAUGGAAAAGUGUCGAUGAUCCGUCUCCGGGAAGUUUUGUUCAUCGAAUGAAUACUCAUGGCUAUCCACAGCUUAUGUUGUGGAAAGGAUCAAAACUAAAAGCUAGAAGUGGACCAUGGGUUGGUAAUCGGUUUAGUGGUAGUCCAAUACCGAAAUCAAACACAAUCUACUUGAAUGAGUUUUUCCUUGAGCAGAAGGAGAUCUAUUAUGCAGCACGCGUUUUCAAUACAAGUACCAGGACAAGGUUUAUACUGACUAUGAAUGGCAAUUUACAGCGUCUAAUAUGGAAUGGUCAGAAUCAAGAAUGGACGACUUAUUUGACAUUGCUAGCAAAUGACUGUGAUCAAUAUGGAGUUUGUGGUCCAUAUGGUACCUGUGACAUUAGCAGCUCUCCUAGAUGUUCAUGUUUGAAAGGAUUCAAUCCAAAAUUGCCAGAAAAAUGGGAAGCAGCCGAUUGGACAAACGGGUGUGCUCGUAUAACCCCAUUAGAUUGUGCAAAAGGAGAUGGUUUUAUCAAGCACUCAGAAGUUAAAUUACCUGACACACAACACUCAUGGUACAACUUGAGCAUGAAUCUCCACGAAUGCAAAAGUAUGUGCUUAAAGAAUUGUACUUGUACAGCUUAUUCAAAUAUAAAUAUCGAAAGAGGUGGAAGUGGAUGCUUGUUAUGGUUUGAGGAAUUGAUGGAUAUUAAGGGGUCUACAGAAGAUGGGCAAGAUAUAUACGUGAGAAUGUCAGCCUCUGAACUGGAUGAGGGAAAGGGAUCCAAAACGAAGCAAAUGCUAUUCAUAUCAAUUCUUGCAGUAAUUGCUGCAAUAUCAGCCUUGAUUGUCUUGUUUUUGUUUCAGAAGAAAAGGCUUGAUAAAGAAAGCUCGCUCUUGAAUAGAGAAGGAAGGUUAAAUUCGAUUGAAGAGCAAGAUCUGGAGGUACCAUUUUUCGAGUUCAAAACAAUUGCUAAAGCCACUGGCAACUUCUGCCACAGUAACAAGAUUGGAGAGGGCGGCUUUGGACCUGUUUACAAGGGAUUGCUAGAGGAAGGGCAAGAAAUAGCUGUGAAAAGGCUGUCAGAGAAUUCAAGACAGGGAAUAGAUGAAUUCAGAAAUGAAGUUUCAUUAAUUGCUAAACUUCAGCAUAGGAAUCUUGUCUCGCUUCUUGGUUAUUGCAUUAAAGAAGAAGAAAGGAUAUUAAUCUACGAGUUCAUGCCCAACAAAAGUCUAGAUUCCUAUAUAUUCGGUAAAGAAAUAAGCGGGUUGAUGGAUUGGCCAAAACGAUACAAUAUAAUAAAUGGAGUUGCUCGGGGACUUCUGUAUCUUCAUCAAGACUCCAAGCUAAGAAUCAUUCACAGAGAUCUUAAAGCUAGCAAUGUUCUACUUGACCGUGACAUGAAUCCCAAAAUUUCAGACUUUGGUAUGGCAAGAAGCUUUGGAGGAAACCAAACUGAGGCGAAUACAACAAGGGUUGUUGGGACAUUCGGUUACAUGCCCCCGGAGUAUGUGAUUGAUGGUGUAUUCUCUACAAAAUCCGAUGUUUAUAGUUUUGGUGUGUUAGUGCUGGAAAUAGUAAGCGGGAAAAGAAACAGAUGUUUCGAACAUCCAGAUCACAAUCUCAACCUUCUGGGACAUGCAUGGAGAUGUUUUAAUGGAGAGCAACUUAAGGAAUUGAUUGACAGCGCAAUCUUGGAGUCCGGCAAUCAAUGUGAAAUGUUUCGAGUUAUUCAGAUAGGAUUACUUUGCGUUCAAGAAUACCCAGAAUACCGACCAGACAUGUCAUCUGUGGUUCUGAUGUUGAAUAGUAAAAUUGCAUUGGCCGAACCCCAGAAACCAGGAUUUUUCGCAGAAAGAAAACGCAAUGGAAAAGAUGGUUCACAAAGCACAAGUAUGUUAUCUUCAUCUAGCGACUUUAGUAUUACGACACUUGGACCUCGAUAGUUCUUAGUUGUUCAUUUUUACAGCCGAAGAUUACUCUCCAUAGUCAGUGACUCGUACCGUCCUGGGUAGAAUGAUCGCAACAAAUUGAGUGAAUUAUAUGGUCGACUGACUCGUAUUAUUCUAACCGAGGCGGUUAUAUGAUCGACUGACUCGUAUUAUUCUAACUGAAGCGGAUGCCUUCUCAUUUCACCUGAUGUUGUUAGAAAGAAAUGAUGUUGUUAGAAAGAAAUGGUGCUGGUAAAUUUUUUUAACAUUUGCAUAUUUUGAAUUAUAAUAAUAAUAAGGGAAUUUAUCAAAUAUACCACUUUUUAAA